UUCUUCAGACGAAGGAACCACCUCAUAGGAAGGUCAUUAAUUGGAUCCAUUUAUAGAGUGUAAACCUCUGGACGAGACGAAGCAACAACCACCCCAAUCCGCUAGGUAAAUCAUAGUACCAACCCUAGAGAGGAGUCGAACCUUGCCCACUUCCAGGCAAAAGGCCCUUCCCCUUCUGUUAGGACAAGCCCAUGGGUGGUUAAUCCAACUUAUGUUUAUUUUAAUGAUUCAAGGGGUCGAGCCAACUUACUCACAUCGUAUCGUUGAUUGUUCUGUUCAUUUAUAUUAAGGCUUCCCAAUUUGAAGGAAAAGGCGAGGCUAAAUCCGUGCUGACGAAUAACCAACCCCAUUGAUUCUACGAGUAAAUAGGCGCCGGAAGGAUGGAACUUUUCCAAAAAGCGAUUACGGUAAAAUUAAGCCACAGGGACAAGUAUUUGGUGGCAGAGGACGACCAAGAAUCUGUGUACCUGGACCGCGAUGGCUUGUUGAAGAAUGCAGUCUGGAGCGUCGAAUUUGUCGAAGACGAGGCAAACUAUUUGCGCUUCAAAAGUUGUUACGGGAAAUACCUUACAGCGUCGAACGUGCCAUUUCUUCUUGCGGGGUCAAAAGGGAGGAAAGUUCUUCAAACUGAUCUCCUGAAAAACGUCCCCGAUUCCUCCAUUGAAUGGGAGCCGAUAAGAGAUGGUUUCUCGGUGCGAUUCAAGACACCCAGGGGCAGCUUUUUGCGGCCCAAUGGGGGGUUGCCGCCGUGGAGGAACUCCGUGACUCAUGACAUUCCUCAUCGGAUGGGCACGCAAGAGAAGAUUUUGUGGGACAUUGACGUGGUGUGGGCGAUUCCAAAAACACCAACGCCGUCGCCUAACCUUCACCGCCAAUCAUCAAAUGCGAAAUUCCCCACAGGAAGGACACCGCCUACCCUUGCACCUCCAAAAUUUAGCAAGGUGAAGCACUGAUCCGCUCAAAAGCGAAAACGAGAGAUGUAAACGCACGUAGAAGUACGUACGGUUUUGAUUCAUUAAUUGCAUUUGAAUUGUGUUGGAUGGAUGUACGUAACUACGUUUCGAGUAAUGCUACGUGCACAGAUUUUUUGCUGUUUACGAUUGUGAUGGUGGGAUGAAGAUUUAUGUUAACAUGUAAUCAGACAUUCAUGAGGUGCAUGGUUAAUUUGUCUUGUGGUAUAUUCAUUUAUCAAGAAAAAAAAUACCAACCUGUUGGAUAUUCUAUAUUUUUCUCUUUGCUGUAAAAUCUGCCGAUAAUAUUAUUACGUGCAUG